AUGUAUAUAUUAUUAAUAAAUAGUUCCCACAAUAUAUUGGAUUAUUUAUUAUUUUGCCCUAUCUGCAAUGAUCUACGCUCUAUAGAAAAUGUGGCGUAUGACGUGACUGACAAUCUUUCGAACGUUUUAUCUAGUAACAUGAAGCAGUCUAAGAAGAAUGUGGUUUUGUCACUAGCCAGUAUGAUCAGUAGCAUUAAAGUCAAUGUUAAGACAGUUACUAUUAACCCUUUAACGAUUUUCCAAAGAACUGUAAUAGCAAAAAAGAACGACGAAGAUGUUGGAGACCUUUUGACUUAUGUACAAACCCCAUUACCCAUGGCUCAGUGA